AGGGCAACUGAACACUGUAGACACAAGACCUGUAAAGGAAGCCUUUUUAUUUUCCUUCCUUCAACUUCAAGUGCUUGGUCUCAAUAUUUCAGGGAAGAUGGAUUAGUUUAAUUGGGUUGUUGGGAAUUCGCGGGGUGAUAGCAUGAGUAGGAGUGGGAUUAUGGUGGGUUUAUCUCCCACAUUUAGACAAACCAGUUUUCCCUCAAUGGGUUUAAAGGGAUUUAGCUUCAGGUUUAAGCAUUGGGCUUGUAACGGCUAUACAAGAAUGGUUACCUCUGCUUCUUGCUCUGACCAACUCCAACUCCAACUCCAAGACAAGCAAUUAAGUAGUCCGGAACUUGUAGCCUUGGAAUAUGCUGACCUUAACCUUCCUCUUCCUGACAAGGAACUGGGUAAUGUCAGAAUCAGGCAACAUGUCAAUCCUCUCAAGACCACUUUUUCUGUGCCAGUACAAGUGCCCCAUUGGAAUCAAGUCUUUAGAGAUCCAACAUUGCCACUAAUGGUGGAUAUUGGAAGUGGUAGCGGCAGAUUUCUCAUGUGGUUGGGCAAAAAAAAUGCUGGUGUAAGAAAUUAUUUGGGAUUGGAAAUAAGAGAGAAACUGGUGAACCGUGCUCAGUACUGGGUUAAGGAGAUAAAUCUUGAUAAUGUACAUUUCAUCUAUGCAAAUGCCACAAAUUCUUUCAAACAAGUAGUCUCUAACUAUCCUGGACCUUUGAUGCUGGUUUCAAUCCUGUGCCCAGAUCCUCAUUUUAAGAAAAGACAUCAUAAGAGGAGGGUGGUGCAAAAGCCAUUAGUAGAUUCCAUAGCUGCAAGUUUAAUGGAUGGAGGGGAGGUGUUGAUACAGUCAGAUGUGUAUGAAGUGGCAGUGGACAUGAGGUUUCAAUUUGAUGGUGAGUCAAAUACUCUAAAACACAUUGAUGAAGUAGAGUCGAGUGUGUUAUGUGAUAGUGAGGGAUGGCUGUUGAAGAAUCCAAUGGGGAUUAGAACUGAGAGAGAAAUACAUGCUGAAUUUGAAGGUGCAAAAAUAUAUAGAAGGAUGUACAAAAAGUGCUUUUAUCAACAUGAAGCAAUAUCAAGCUCUUCGAUAUGAUUUCAGUAUUGACCAUUGCAAUAACUUCAUCAUAUGACAACAAAAAUAGUUGAAAAUGUAUUUUCAAAGUGUGUACCAUUACACUAUCCAUCCACUGAAAAACUCAAAAGGCAAUCAGAAAGAAUUAUGUUGAGUUUUGGAAAGAAUUGUGUACUAUUUUUCUUUCUUCCUAACUAGCAUUCAGCAGCAAUUGUUGUUGAAUUGUUGAAUAUGUACACACAACAAAAUUAUACAGUAGCAAUUUUUCAAUCAAUCAUAUUUAGUUAUUU